UUAUAGAAUCUGUUUUGCUUCUGUAUGGGGUAAUAAAGUGUAAAAUACAGAUCAUUCACCAUAAUUUUAUAUAAAAAUCAGUUACAAAACACAUAAAAGUCACAACAUCCACUCAGCGUGCACUUAAAUAGGAACACCUGCUCAUUUAUACAGUUAUCAACUAAUCAUGUGGCAGCAGCACAAUGCAUAAAAUCAUGCAAAUACAGGUCAAGAGUUUCAGUUAAAGUUCACAUCAAGAAUCAGAAUGGGGAAGAAAUGUGAUCUCAGUGACUUUAAGCAUAGUUGUUGGAGCCAGAUGGGCUGGUUCAAGUAUUUCAGAAACUGCUGGGAAUUUCACACAAUAGUCUCUAGAAUUUUACACAAAAUGGUGUCAGAAAAAACCCAUAAAAACACUGAGUGAGAGACAGUUCUGUGGGUGGAAACAUCUUGUUGAUAGGAGAGAUCAGAGGAAAGUGACCAGAUUGGUCAGAGCUGCCAGGAAGGAUAUACUGUAGUAACUCAUAUAAUCACUCUUUAUAACCGUGGUUAGCAGAAAAGCAUCUCAGCAUGCACAACACAUCAAACCAAACCACAGAGAUCACAUUUCCCCCCAUUCUGAUGUUUGAUGUGAGCAUUGUAUGCAUUGUGCUGCUGUCACAUGAUUGGCUGAUUGGAUAACUGCAUAACUAAGCAUUGAUAUACUUAUUACUCAGUAAUUGUUUGAACAGGUAUGCAUGUAGAGAGCAGCAAUGUCUAGCCUUAUUUAAACAGCUCCUCUCCUAAUCGAAGACAUUUCACAAAACAGGAAACAGAAGAAGAUAAGAACACAGAGCAUGUGUUUUGUUUUGUAGUUAGAUAUUAUGCCCUGAACAUACAUUGCGAAUAAUUAUUACAUUUUAAUUGUUAAGUACUUAUUUAAUUCAUUAAUAUCUACAUGUUGUUCUAGACAACUAUUUGUGAUACCUUGUUUGUGAACCCUUGAGUGUUGUUUUACUCAGUCAGUGAAGUGAUGGUUGUUUGACCUGACUGUGUGUGUGUGUGUGUGUGUGUGUGUGUGUAGCUGUUAUUAGCAGGUGCAGUGCGUAUAGCAGUUAAUGGUAUAGCAGAUAAGGUUGAAUGUAGUAAGAGCUUGAUGGUGGUGCGCUGCAGUGACGGCUGGGACGGUACGGCUCAGCUCACCUCUCUGGCCAUGCUGAUGCUGGACUCGCACUACCGCACACUCAGGGGCUUCCAGGUACUGAUCGAGGUUUUGGAUCAGCUUCGGACACAAGCUGGCCUCGGUGUGGUUGUGUGUGGGCGUGUGAACGCAUGUAUAUUUAACCCCAUCUUUCUCUCUCUGUGUGUUUCUCAGCGUGUCGGCCUUGGAGAUGAGAAUCACGCCAACUCGGAACAAUCCCCUCUCUUUGUGCAGUUCAUCGACUGUGUGUGGCAGAUGAUGAGACAGUUUCCUUCUGCUUCUGAGUUCAAAGAGCUUUUUCUCAUCCCCAUCCUGGAUCGCCCCUACAGCUGCCUGUUUGGUACAUUCCUCUACAGCAGUGAGCAAGAGAGAAUGGAAAAGGUACGCUCCACAUUUCUCCACUAAUGGGGGGAGGCUUUCCAGCCUGUUUGAUUUUACUGAAUGGAAAUGAAUUUGUCUAAGUGUAUUAUGACUCUCUCUCUCGCUCUCUCUCUCUCUCUCGCUCUCUCUCCUCUUUUGUUUUUAGGAAGUACAGGGUAAAACGGUCACUGUGGUCCUACAUUAACAGUCAGCCGGAGGACUUCACUAACCCGUUCUCUGUGGACUGUAAAAACCAGGUGCUGUAUCCACUGGCCAGUCUCACACAUCUGGAGCUCUGGGUGGGUUAUUAUGUGCGCUGGAACCCACGCAUGAGACCACAGGUGCUUAUACUACAAACCACACUCUAUGAAAUUAUGGGGAAAUGCUCAAAAAUAGUGCUUCCAAUAUAUACCAAAAUACCUAGUUACUUGUAUAACUCAACAGUGUCACUUCAGACACAUGAUGAAUGUCACUUUUUAUUACUAGAUGUUUCUGGGUUUUAACACCAAGUUUGCGUUAAAAAAACUAAACCAUUUGUAUCAGCACAAAGCUAAAAAAACACAAAAGCUGGAGUAAUGGGUCGGUAAGCAUAAAAAGUGCCGUACACAGUGGAACUGGACACACGAGGAUCUCUGACACUGUUGACUCUUCAGUGGUUCCAUUGUCAGUUCUAGUUUGUAGGUACAGGUUUCAGUCUUCAACAACAUUGUAGUUUUCUUUUUAAAAUGCACUCCUUGGUUGUGCUCACUGCAUUACAAACUCAAAUCCAACAUUGUGAGAUUUAUUUUUUUAAAUGUGUUGAAAGGGAGUUUUCUUGUGAUUCCUCUAUAUUCCUGUAUAUUUCAUGAUUGACUGGUUAGAAAACUACAUGAAUGUACAGGUGUUCCUAAUAAAGUGGACGGUGAGUGAACAUGACGUGGCUGAAACGAUUUCCAAAACACUUCAGGAGCAGCUAGCGAUAAAGAUUAAGGUUACACCGGCUUGAUGAUUGAUCUUUUAAUAAUGAUACAUAAAUAAAUAGAAAGCGAAUGGAAUGAUUUAGAAAAUCGGUGUCCCAAAACGAAACUGAUGUUUGUGUGCUUUGUUGAUUCUUAUGUAGAUGCCGCUCCAUCAGAAUUUGAGAGAGUUAUUGUUUCUGCGUGAAGAACGUGGAGGAGCUCCAGAGAGAGGCCACGUCAUCCUGCUCCAUCUCCUCGUCCUCAGAGCAUACUUCUCCCUCCUCACAUAGUGG